CUGCGUUUACCCAGUGGAACAUUCCAGUGUGUGCUCGGCUCUGACAGACCCAGGACAGUGAGGGAGGGUCAACAUGGCGUCCGAGCAGGAGAGCUCAAAUGGUCCGGUGAAGAAGUCAAUGCGUGAGAAGGCUAUUGAGAGAAGGGCCGUUAGUAAGGAACACAACAGUAACUUCAAGGCUGGAUACGUGCCCAUAGAGGAAGAGAGACUGCACAAGACAGGGCUGAGGGGUCGAAAAGGCAACAUUGCCGUGUGCAUCAUCGUCUUGCUCUUCCUGCUUGCACUCAUCAACCUUAUUAUAACACUGGUGAUCUGGACGGUUAUUCGGAUCGGCCCUAACGGCUGCGACAGUAUGGAGUUCCAUGAGAGCGGCCUACUGCGCUUUAAGCAGAAAGCUGACAUGGGGGUGGUUCACCCACUGCACAAGAGCACUGUGGGAGGGAGGAAGGACCAGGACCUUGUCAUCACUGGCAACAACAACCCAGUGGUGUUUCAACAAGGCAACACCAGGCUAAGCGUUGAAAAAGACAAAACGUCUAUCACCAGUGACCUGGGUGUUUCUUUUACUGACCCACGCACACAAACCACCUUCUUCAGCACAGACUUUGAUAACCACGAGUUCCACUUACCCAAACAGGUCAAUGUGCUCAACGUAAAGAAAGCCUCCACUGAAAGGAUCACAAGCAACGCGUCGUCCGAUCUGAUGAUCGGAGGUGACGGCAAGGCCAUCAUUCGUGGAAACGAGGGCGUCUUCAUCAUGGGCAAGACGGUUGAGUUCAAGAUGGGUGGUGAUAUUGAACUGAAAGCCGAGAACAGCAUUAUUCUGAACGGCUCGGUGAUGUUUAGUCCAUCGCACAUCCCUAACACCUCUCAAGGGGUUGUGUAUUUCAACGAAGGCCUGGAGAGGUACAAGCUCUGUAUGUGUGCAGAUGGGACCCUGUUCAGAGUGCAAGUCAAAUAUCCUAACAUGGGCUGCCAGACCACGGAUAACCCCUGUGGAGCUGCGCACUGAGAGCGGGGGAAUUCCACAAGACGCACACACACACACCCACCCACUGAAACGCACCUUCUGAGUACUGAUAACACUUGUACAAGAUAAAGUUCAUGGAAUAUUUUAUAUAGAGAUUGCUCUAUAGCCACAGAGAGCAACAUAAGUUACAUAAAAUCUAAAUACACCCAAGAUUUUGCUGUGUUUAAGUCCAGACCAUACACACAUUUAUUUUAUAAUUACUCCUGAGUUUACAAACUUGGCCAAAGAGCCGCCGGUGAUUUAUCAUUGAUUCAUCUUGCCAUUUUUAGAGUUUGUAACGCUGAUUGCUCUUAAGCAUUGAUGUUGGAUGAGGAUUUCUAGUUUAAUGUUUUACUUAAAGGCAGUAUUAUCUUUUUAUUUUUUUGGAAUGUAUAAGAAAUUAUCUCUCUGGAUUAUGGUAUAUGCUCCAACUGAUAAAAACUCUUAUGGAAACAGCAGCCUUGCGGGCCGUGACGUACUACACAGGGUGUCUGAGAUAUCUCUAUAUAGUUCUAUGUCGGCAGCUGUAUAUAGCUCAGAUAUCCCAGAUUCACUUUAAAACAAACCUCAGUUCACUUACUCAAGAAACCGAAAUGUAUUAAAAAGGGAUGUUAAAAGGGACGAUUUGUUCACCGUUGUGUUUUAACCCUGUACUCAUAAGUCACUUAACCUGCUAAACUAAACUGCUGUUGCCGCCAGUCAUACGCUUGAUAUAUAGUAGAAUGGCAUUAAGAUUUGCAUCCGAGAUGUCGUGCCCAAUCAGGUUUACUGUAUUCACAGUGCCAUAUGAUUUUAAAAACAUCGUGUGCUGCAAAAAAAAAAAAAAAAAGGGCAUGGAUGCACUUGAAGAUACAAUGAAUUUUGUCAGUCAUUUAUGAAUUUUUGUUUUGCGCUUUAUAUCAUCUUUGCUAAGAUGGAAAUAGAAACCAUGUGGUAUUUGAGUUGUUUGAUAUUUCGUGCAAUAUAACACACAGUAUUUUGUUUGGCUCUGAGGUUUUCAUGUGUAAUAUUUAUUCGAAUUAUUUCGUUUUCUUUCGAGGGUGCGUUUAAAUGACGAUUUGACGUUCAUUAACUUGUGUUACAUGCAUACAAGCAGCUGCAGUUUAAAAGGGAAAUAAUUUUUCAUUCAAAU